AUGUCGGGACUCAGCGAGCUCUUCCAGUUCCUCCACGCUCCCAACCCCGAUGCGAGAGAACUAGCACUCGCCAACCUCGCCGGUCACACCCCCAAGACCGCUGCGUCCAGGAACAUCUUCGUACCCAGCGGCGGGACUCCCGUAUGGAAGGAUCUGCAAGCUGGAAAGGGGACGGGAGUUUCUGAGUCGGAGAGGGCUAAGGUGGAGAUGUUGGAGGAUCUGAAGACGCUCUGUCGGGAUCAGGCGAUGAUCGCACACGAUGCCUUCUCCUCGCUAGUCAACCUGAGCGAUAGCAUUCUUGUGGCCAAGCAUCUCGUGGACGAAGAGUUCCUAGCAUUUCUCGUCUCUUUCACCGCUACGCAUACGGCAACUCUGUCAUCACUAGCCGCCAUGCUGCUUUCGAACAUCACCUUCCAUCCAUCCCUCACCCCGUUGCUUUCCAACUUGACCAUCCCCAUCAUCUCCAUCCCCGCUACUUCUUCUUCCACGGACUCGACUGGCAACUCGGACUCGUCGUCAAAUAAGAUCCCUCCACCGCCAUAUUAUUUCCCCCUCUCCCGCUCAGGUUCCUCUACCAUCCACCCUGGAUAUCGUAGCGAGAUGGAAGCCGAGGGGACUACCGUGCCCCGUGUAGAAGCCGUAAGAGCGCUCGUGCAGGCGUUCGAAGACGGGUCUAGCGAGGGGGUUGCCAAGGCGGUAGAGGGGGCGAAGAGGAAGGGGACAGUGCAUUUCUUGGCUAGCGUGUUUGCCAACAUCAGUAUGGUCCCUUCAACCCGUCCUCUCCUCCUCCUUCCCUUCCCGGCCUUCCCAACACCUAUCACGCCUGAAACCAUAUCGCCGGAAGACGAACCCCUAUUGACCAAGAUCGUCGUUUACACUGAACACCCGGAUACUAUCCGGCGCGGAGGUGCACUGGGGUGUAUCAAGAAUGCGGCGAUGGAUAGGGCUAGCCAUCCGUUCUUACUCGCUACCGAGGCCGAUCGAGUGCAACACCCGACAGACCCCAAGAGAAAGAUCAAGGGCGUGGACGUGCUGCCCUGGGUUUUGUCCCCGUUGAUGGGACCCGAGGAGAUCGAUAUCGAGGAGGGCGACGCUCUACCAGAGACGUUGCAAUUCUUGGGCCCGGACAAGGUUCGCGAGCGGGAUCCUGUACUGAGGAUGAUGUGCGUCGAGAUCUUGCUGUUGCUCGCCACCAGCUUCACCGGGCGAGCAUCAUUACGAGAACGAGGGACGUAUACCGUCAUCAAGCUCGCCAACGAGGCCGAGAAGGACGACAAGAUUCAGGAUCAGAUGAUCAGGUUGGUAGGGUUGUUGAAACGAGACGAAGGGCAGGAUACGCAAAAGGACGUCGUCGAGGGCCUGGUCCGUGUCAACGGCCAGAAUGGAGCCGAUGGCGAGGAGGAAGAAGGGGAUAGCGAUCUUGAGAUUGAGGUGAUCUAG